GGGAAAAACAAAGUUGCCACCCAGUUGAUCACGCGGCCAAAAGGCCUAUUUCGGGGAAAAGCCUAUUGCGUUGACACAGCAACACUUAAGCGUUCCACAGAGUCUUGUGUUUGCUUCUCCUACAAAUUUUAUCACCUGCAGGUUUGCCAAUUACAAAAGUAUAGAAUGCCUAUCACAAGAGCAGAGAUUCAACGCGAGACAAAUGUGCAGAUUGAAAAUUAUGGCACCAAGUUUGAUGUUCGUCGAACAAACGUCCAUCGAUACACAAACAUCUUCAUCCAUGAAAGUAAUCCAUUCUAUCCAUAUGAAACGCUACCAGUUUAUUGUGUGUCGCCAUUAUGGUUUGCUGCAGUGGGAUUUCUGUGUAGCAUGGGUGGAGCUGCUAAUCUAACUGCUGCAAUAAUUGGCUUGAUUUUUGAUGUACCAUUCCUUGCAACGUAUUGCCAAAAUGAGGUUGUGAACCGUAGAUCGCUACCGAUUGUCAAGAAGCAAAAGACUGUGGACAACCUUCCAACGCUCAACGCCUUAUGGGAGGUUACCGUGGAGGAAUUGAGAGGAAUUGGUAUUUCCACGGAUAAUGUGGAGAUUGGUCUUCAAGUGAUGCAGUCGGGCAAAUUCAAAUUACAAGUCUUCCAUCCGGCAGCGUUCAAAAUAAUGGAUAAAGCGAAAGGCACGUCACGUUUCUUGCUUACUGGGUUCGCUGUUGCUGCACUCUACAACAUUAUCUGUAUUAUCGUACAUUCCUUGAUAUAA